CCUCAUGCUUUAAAACUCAAGGAAAUUAAGGAACAAACGAUUAUGUGGUCUUUAAAAUGUCAGUCCAUCCAAAUUUGGUUUCCUCAACAUCUGGGAAAUGUUAUGUUGCACGUCCUCAUGUUCUCCCUCCCAACGGAUGUAUUAUAUCACUGAUGUUAAAAUACUGUGCCACGUAAAAUGUUGUGCCACUAUGUCAUUGUAAGAUCUCUAUGCUAAACCUUCUACACACAUUCAAAGGGGGACAGUGAAUGGAAACGGUAUUAAAAUCCAAACCAUGGCAUAAUUUCCGUCCUACUUUUUACUGCAAAGUUAGAAGAGUCAUAAUGUGUAAAUUAUGGAUGUAGUUAUCAUUUUAGCAUAUAGGGCAUAUCUCCUGGGAAACAUAAAUUACCCUAAAGGUUUAGUUGGUGUUUAUGAUUGAAUUGUUGUAAUUUUACAGGCAUUUUCCCCUUUUAAUUCAACCAAAAUAACAUUGUUGUGAUUUGCCUUGCAGUUAACCUCGGUUGAAUAUGUUAAUCCAACAUGGGUGAAUGUCACAAUAACAGCAGUUUCGCCAUGAUGCAAGACCUGCCAGAGAACUGUCCUGACUCUUUCAAUGCCAGCUACGAACUGGACUAUGGAGUUCCACUGGAGGAGAUACCCGACACAACGCAGGGCCGUGCGUUUUUUGUGGCCACCAUUGUCAUAGCCAUGGUCCUGGUCUGUAUCAUAUUAGUUUGUGGCAUUGGCAACUGUCUGUUCAUUGCCUCUCUGGCACGCUACAAAAAACUCCGUAACCUCACCAAUCUCCUCAUUGCUAACUUGGCCCUGUCGGAUAUUCUGGUGGCUGUCGUGUGCUGUCCGUUUCUGUUGGAUUACUAUGUGGUCAAGCAGCUGUCAUGGGACCACGGGCUUGUGCUGUGCGCCUCAAUCAACUAUUUACGCACGGUGUCCCUGUAUGUGUCCACCAACGCGCUGCUGGCAAUCGCAGUGGACAGGUACAUGGCCAUCGUCCACCCUAUGAAGCCUCGCAUGAAUUACCAGACAGCCUACAGCCUGAUUCUGGGCGUGUGGAUUGUACCCUUAGUCAUCUCCAUCCCCUCUGCCUACUUUGCCUCCGAGACCACAUACCCGCACAUCUCCAGUCAGAGCCACAAGACCUUCUGCGCCCAGAUCUGGCCUGUGGACCACCAGCUCUACUACCGCUCCUACUUCCUCUUCAUCUUCGCCCUGGAGUUCGCCGGGCCCGUGGCUGUCAUGGCCCUGUGCUACGCCAGGAUCUUGCGGGAGCUGUGGUUCAAGAGCGUGCCUGGCUUCCAGACAGAGCAGAUCCGGAAGCGGCUGCACAGGCGGCGGAGGACGGUGGUGGUGCUGAUUCUGGUGCUGACUGCCUACGUGCUCUGCUGGGCGCCGUACUACGGCUUCACACUGGUGCGGGACUUCCACCCCACCCUGAUCUCCAGGGACAGGAACUCCCUGGUGGCCUUCUACAUUAUCGAGUGCAUCGCCAUGAGCAACGGGGUCAUCAACACGCUGUGUUUCGUGAACGUCCGCAACAACGCCAAGUGCAUGCGGACGGUGACCAGGCUGCGCUGGAAGUCUAUCAAAUGUGCAGCAGGAAAGACGGCGGAUGAGCACACCUCGUCUUUACGCGUGACAGAGGAUGUAGAGUGCACACGCCUGAGAUAGAGGCCUGAUCCUGAGAUGACCGUCUCUGUGGAAAGGCUUGGAUAGAAUCAGUAGUAGACCAAGUGGAUUCAGGCAUGUUGCACACUUUUACUGUUCUUUAAGAUCCAAAAGGGUGAGAUAUAAGAUUGAGUCAAGGGAACGGUUUGGCAUUGGACAAGAGGUCCAGACUGUUGACACAGAGUAGGGCUGCACGAUAAAGGCAAAAAAUCAAAUUGCGAUUUCUUAACCAAAUAUUGCGAUUGCAAUUUGACAUACAGUACAUUU